AUGUCUGAUGCUCUUUUUAUUGCUCUAACUGAACGGAAAUUACACACACCGGAUAUUGGAGUUUGUUUUUUCUUUAUUUUUUCUAUGGGGCUAAAUUUUCGGGGUCCUUUUCAGUUAUAUUUUUUAAAUAAUCCGCAAAUCUUUUUUUUAUCCGCAAGUCUAUUUUUUUUAUUCUCUGAAAAUAUUCUCAAGAAUUUGUUUAUUUUGUAUCUUUAA